CCGCUGGCGCUGGCGAGAGCUGGCGAGGGCAGCGCAGCUGGCGGGCAGACGCACGCUCGGUUGGGGCCGUCCAACCAGGCAGCCUGCCUGCGCCGCAGCUGUCCCUGCUGGUCGGCUGGAGGGCAGAAGACAGGGCCCUGACGCCGCAGGUUGCUGAAAAGCCGGGUGUCACAAUGACGGAGCGCUUUGACUGCCACCAUUGCAACGAAUCUCUCUUUGGCAAGAAGUACAUCCUGAGGGAGGAGAGCCCCUACUGCGUGGCAUGCUUUGAGACCCUCUAUGCCAACACCUGUGAGGAGUGCAGGACGCCCAUCGGCUGCGACUGCAAGGACUUGUCCUACAAGGACCGGCACUGGCACGAGGCCUGUUUCCGCUGCUCGCAGUGCAGGAGCUCCCUGGUGGACAAGCCCUUCGCUGCCAAGGAGGACCAGCUGCUGUGCACGGACUGCUAUUCCAACGAGUACUCCUCCAAGUGCCAGGAAUGCAAGAAGACCAUCAUGCCAGGCACCCGCAAGAUGGAGUACAAGGGCAGCAGCUGGCACGAGACCUGCUUCAUCUGCCAUCGCUGCCAACAGCCAAUUGGAACGAAGAGUUUCAUCCCUAAAGACAAUCAGAAUUUUUGUGUGCCCUGCUAUGAGAAACAACACGCCCUGCAGUGUGUUCAGUGCAAAAAGCCCAUCACCACGGGAGGGGUCACGUACCGGGAGCAGCCCUGGCACAAGGAGUGCUUUGUGUGCACCGCCUGCAAGAAGCAGCUGUCCGGGCAGCGCUUCACAGCUCGGGACGAGUUUGCCUACUGCCUGAACUGCUUCUGUGACUUGUAUGCCAAGAAGUGUGCUGGGUGCACCAACCCCAUCAGCGGACUUGGUGGCACAAAGUACAUCUCCUUUGAGGAACGGCAGUGGCACAACGAUUGCUUUAACUGUAAGAAGUGCUCCCUCUCAUUGGUGGGGCGAGGCUUCCUCACAGAAAGGGACGACAUCCUGUGCCCUGACUGUGGGAAAGACAUCUGAAGUCAACACAGAGAAAUUACUGCUUGUGAUCUAAUACAUAGAUUUAUAUUAUUUCCUUUCUUAGCCAAGCAAUACUGUGUUCUGGUUUCCACCAGCCACGCCAAGACUUUCCUCUUGCUUCUUAGUGAUAUUCACGUUUGUAUAAACCUUUAAUCCUUUGUACUAGUUCAGUCCCAGGGAAGGAGAAAAGCCUUAUGUAAAUCCUGGGUGGGAAGAUGGUUUGGGAUUUUUGUAAUCAAGUAAGGCAAAUCCAAGUGUAAAAAUCCUUUUGAAUGUCUUUAUAUAUAUCUUUCUCUCACUAUGUAUUUAAUUUUUAAGUGCAAUUAACAUAUGUCACAAACUUGAAAGUUUUCCUAACUAUACAAGGUAAUGAAGAGUUGGUAUUUACAGUUCUGUAACUUCCUGUCAUGUCAAGCCUAAGAUUAUGUGACUUACAAUAAAGUUAUUCAGAACACA